AUAAGAGGAGAGAAAGAGUGACAGAUAGGAGCGGAGGGAGGAGAGUAGGGGAGAAGGAGGGAGGGUUUAUUGCCAAGUAAGCUGCCCCCUCUUCUGCCACAUCCCAGUCUGUGAGCACCGGAGCACAGCGUGAGCUCUGGAGCGCAUUCCCGACAUGUACACCUGUAAGCCCUAUUCAUUCAUUCAGGGAUGCGGCAUUCAUGUAUGAAUGGCAGCGACAGCAGCAAAGAGUAUUUGAAAUCUGUCUUGAUGAGAUCACUUGGGCUCGGAGGCAGAGGCAGUGGAGGAGCAGGCGACAGGCACGGUCUACAAACAAGGGGCUGGCACUGAGAACGCGACCCUACCCAAAGAUUGGAUAGCACCCGGCGGACGCUGUGAACAAAAUCCACUAGCUGUCACUCCAACUCUGCAGCUCGUAUGUGCACCAAACACGCUCUCCUUCACCAGGAAGACGACCUGAUGGAUCCCUCUGUUCAUCACAGCUGAGACAUCAAGGCUCAUGACCAUUAUCAGCACCUUCCUCAUUAACACAGCAGGACAGGAUAAGACGGGAUAAGACUGUGAGGAAAGUGGAACAUCUCUCAUUCCUGGAUACUGACUGAACUGAUGCACCGUUUCCUCUCCUCCAGGUCUCUUUGUACAACACGUCAGUCCUUGGACUGACCAUGUGUGUCGGCCAUAAACUAAGGUAGUGACAUGACUCAGGUCUGACCCUGGAGAUGCCGAAGAGACGAGACAUUGUCGCUAUUGUGUUGAUCGUGUUGCCUUGGACACUGCUCAUCACAGUUUGGCACCAGAGCACCAUCACUCCUCUGCUCGCUACUCGAAAGGAUGACAGACGUGAUGGUCGCUCCAACUCCAGGAAUACCUUUGCUUUCAAGGAGUCCUGCUCACUGCACAACCGGGACAUCGUGGAGGUGGUGCGCACUGAGUACGUCUACAGUCGGCCUCCCCCCUGGUCAGACUUCCUGUCCACUAUCCACGUCAUCACUCCCACCUACAGCCGGCCAGUGCAGAAGGCAGAGCUGACACGUCUGGCCAACACCUUGCUCCAUGUGCCGAACCUGCACUGGAUCCUGGUGGAGGACUCUCAGAGGAGAACCACUCUGGUCAGCCGUCUCCUCCUGGAGACAGGACUCAACUACACCCACCUCAACGUGGAGACGCCUAGGAACUACAAGGUACGUGGGGACACUAGAGACCCCAGAAUACCACGUGGUACCAUACAGAGGAACCUGGCCCUGAGGUGGCUCCGGGAGACCUUCAGUGUGAAUAACAGCCAGUCUGGGAUUGUCUACUUUGCAGAUGAUGACAACACGUACAGUCUGGAGCUGUUUGAGGAGAUGCGUUCCACUCGGAAGGUGUCAGUGUGGCCCGUGGCUUUUGUGGGUGGCCUUCGGUACGAGUCCCCUAAAGUAAACACCGUGGGCAAGGUUUACGGCUGGAAGACUGUGUUCGACCCACACCGGCCCUUUGCCAUCGACAUGGCUGGGUUUGCAGUGAACCUGCGCCUCAUUCUGUCCAAACCUCAGGCUUAUUUCAAGUUGCGUGGGGUGAAGGGAGGAUAUCAGGAGAGCAGUUUAUUAAAGGAGCUGGUGACUCUCAGCGACUUGGAGCCUAAAGCUGCUAACUGCACUAAGGUAUUAGUAUGGCACACACGGACAGAGAAGCCUGUGCUGGUAAAUGAGGGCAAGAAAGGAUUUACAGACUCUAACGUGGAGAUAUGACAUACUUCAUCUGACACAGGGGAAGCAUUUCUCCAUGGGAUUCUACCUGGACUCAUUCCAACCUCGGAGCUCCUCAGAGCAAUGGCCAGAGCCAAAAAUAUUAUCACAGCACAGUAGCUGUACUUCAGCACAGCUUAGACAUGGAGGAACACCCGUCCACCCGAGGAGGCAGCACAAAACAAUGUGCAUGUACCGAGAAGAAUAUCAAAGCACAACUGCACAAAAACAAGCCUGCCUGUUCUGUCCGGAGCACUGGACACCGUGAGAAACUGGUAGGAGUUGCCAAAAAGGAGCCCACUGAGGUCUCUUCAACUUAGAUAAAGGAUGUUACACGAUUGAAACUACAGGAAGAGAUGGCACAGCAAGCAAUAAAGAGCCCUCUCAUUGCAGACAACACCAGCCAACCAUCCAAUCAGCAUUAAAUAGGGCCCUUUUGUUCUGAGGCAAGCUGACUGUCGGGCACAGGGCUGCACAGAGGAAUAAAAGGGCUCCUUGUCAUAAGUGAGUCAGCACUGACUGACGGACUGCAAAGGGGGGAUCUGAGCCCUCCCCACUUGUACUGUACAACACUGAGCUAUUUAGAUAGCACCCUGAACCUAGCACUAAUUAGGACUCCUGUUGCUCCACAACACACAUUCACACACGCUCAGCUGGCACACUGCACAUUAUGAGCACACACACACACACACACACACAUACACUCAAAAACACAGAGCACUGAUUUAUUAAGAGUUUAACAAUGUCAUCCCCUACAGUCAUCUACUUCAAGCUUUUAUUUAUUUCUGAUAUGCUGUAACACUACUGAGGUCUACUCGCAUGUACGAGAAGACUCAGUAUUCCUAGGGGCCUGUUUACAUCACAGGUUUCUCAUUAGCUAAUCAAAAAAAACACUCAGUGAACUGAAGGUUUCUCUGCAGAAUUAUUUAUUAUUUCAGUGUAACUGGUACCAUUCUCUUGUUAGUUGUGAGCUAUGCUUGUGAGAGUCAAUGGGAUAUGAAGCCAUUACUGUAAAAACUGAAUGUAGCUGUAUUACAAAGUCUAAUUAUUCCCACCAUGGAUGGCUGGCUUGGAAGGGACGAUUUCAUACCCCACUGACUUGCAGUGGCACAGCUUACAACUACUAAUUGUUCUCUCAGACUCUGUGACUGUUCAGAGUUUGGUCAGUCAUCGAUGUAACGAGCAUCUAAAACCUCGAACUUUCACUUUAAGGUCUGAUGUUGCUACAUAGCUGCUUGUGUUUCAUUUGAAAGCUGCUCACAUCAAUUCUUUUUUUGUUUUUGUUUUGUUUUACAGGCUAAGAUUUUUCCUGCUACCCAACACAUCUGUAGAGUUCACACAGGCAAUACAAAUCUAACACAAGACACAUAUCUGUCAUCCCCAAACAGAAAUUGUUACUCUUUAAAUGGGAAUCCACAGGCAAGAGGAUGUACUUGGAGAUUCUGCUCUAUAAUGUAAAUGUUAAGAGUCACUGGAACUAAAGGUACUGUAUGUACAUAGCUAUAAACUGCUCCCAUACAAA